AUCGUCGGAUUGCUUACUGGCCGGUUCGGCAAUGGAAUCCCACCUGCUCACCUCGUCGUCUUCUCUGCUUUACAGCUCUUCCGCCACCGCCGGCUCCUCUGCUUUCAACCACGUCAAGCCCCAUUGUUCGAUUAUUUCUUCCUUUCCAGUUUGCGGCAAGUGGAAGAUCGGCGCCCAGCGUGUUUGCUCCGUUAAAGCCAUGGCUGCUUCUCCCGGGGCACAGAGCCAUGGCCAGGUCCCGAACAAGGAAGCCAAGCUGUGGGGUGGUAGAUUCGAAGAGAGUGUCACAGACAUUGUUGAGAAGUUCACAGAAUCGAUUUCAUUUGAUAAGGAGUUGUAUAAGCAUGAUAUCAUGGGGAGCAAGGCCCACGCUUCAAUGCUGGCUGCCCAGGGAUUAAUGAGUGCAAGUGAUAGAGAUAGUAUUGUUAAAGGCCUUGAUGAGAUUCAGAAGAAAAUUGAGGCUGGGGAAUUUGUGUGGAGGACAGACCGGGAGGACGUGCACAUGAACAUUGAAGCAGCACUUAUUGAUAUGAUUGGCGAGCCUGCAAAGAAGCUGCACACUGCUAGAAGCAGAAAUGAUCAAGUUUUGACUGAUUUCAGACUGUGGUGUCGGGAUGCAAUUGAUAGGAUUCUGGCAUCCGUAAAACAUCUGCAGGUUGCUUUGUUGACUCUGGCUCUCAAGAAUGAGGGGCUUAUCGUUCCUGGUUAUACACAUUUGCAAAGGGCACAACCAGUUCUAUUGUCUCAUCUCCUGUUGGCAUUUGUUGAACAGCUUGACCGUGAUGCUGGUAGGUUGCUUGAUUGUAGAACAAGGAUGAAUUUCUCUCCCUUGGGUGCUUGUGCAUUGGCUGGAACUGGUUUGCCCAUUGAUAGGUUUAUGACCUCUGAUUCUUUGGGAUUCACUGCCCCCAUGAGGAACAGUAUUGAUGCCGUUUCAGACCGAGAUUUUGUCUUGGAAUUUCUUUCUGCUAAUGCUAUCAUUGGCAUCCAUCUUUCUCGUCUGGGUGAAGAGUGGGUACUGUGGGCCUCCGAGGAGUUUGGAUUUAUCACCCCAAGUGAUUCUGUUUCCACAGGAAGUAGCAUAAUGCCUCAGAAGAAAAACCCAGAUCCGAUGGAACUUGUUCGUGGAAAGUCUGCUAGGGUUGUAGGUGACCUGGUUACCCUACUAACUCUGUGCAAAGGUCUUCCUCUUGCUUAUAACCGGGAUUUGCAGGAAGACAAGGAACCUGUUUUUGACAGUGUCAAAACAAUUGUAGGAAUGCUUGAAGUCUCAGCUGAAUUUGCACAGAACAUCACCUUCAAUAAACAGAGAAUCGAAAAGGCAUUGCCAGCUGGCUACCUUGAUGCUACAACACUUGCGGAUUAUCUUGUGAAGAAGGGUGUGCCCUUCAGAACAUCCCAUGAUGUAGCUGGCCGGUCAGUCGCAUUAUGUGUAGCGAAAGGGUGUCAGCUUCAAGGCCUAAGCUUGGACGAAUUCAGAAGCAUCAGCCCAGUUAUUGACGAUGAUGUAUAUGGCUAUCUUGGAGUGGAAAAUGCAAUCAAGAACUUCAGUUCAUAUGGGUCUACUGGUUCUGCCCCCGUUUCUGAUCAACUAGAGUAUUGGGUGGCGAGACUAGAAAUCGGUACCAAGUAGAGUAGAUCUGAUUCUUCAGCUACCUAACAGGGGCGUCGAGAAUGGUUGCUGGCAGUGGUUUUCGAGCUUCUAUAAUUUCUCAGAAGCCAGCUUGGAGCUUCCCAUACACAGCAGAGAAGCGGGGUGGAAUGUCUCCCGACCGAAGCAUGAAUUCUAUGUAGUUUGAGUUAAGUGAUCUAGCUUAUCUACAUGUAGUUUAAAAUUAAGUUUGGAAUUUAUCUUACAUCUGCACAACUUGUAGAUUUAUCAUUUUAAAAUUGGAGCUCUUAAGUUUUUUGGAAGGGUACUUUGAAGGAUGAAUGAUUAUAUUUUCCAGAAUGUUUUUCUUAUAACUUAGAGCUAAUACCACUAGAAAAUCCGAACUAUCAACAAUGUGUCAUUUGUGUCCCGAAUUAUCCGCCGUCUGGUCAACCGUUAUCUAUAACGAUCAAUCGUCAGAAUAUAAAUGACACACAACUACUAUAGGUUGGGACAUAAAUAUCAUAUUGAAUAGAUCGGGACACCAAUCACAUUUUAUUGAUAGUUCGGGUUUCCCACUAAUAUUAGCCCUAUAACUUAUCAUCAAUACAAGGGUUGAGAUUACAAAGAUAAAACCUACAAAUAAAAAAUCAAAUAAAAAACUUAAUGAGAAAAUUACAUAGAAAACACCCAAGAAAAACAAAGAUGACGGAGAAUGUGCAUCAAAAUGUCAGUUUCGUUCCUUUCAAAUGCACCAAACCUAGGCAUUGGUCUAGCCAAGGUUGAUGAUUCAUGACAAAUAGUUAAAUGUCCAGGUAAAAAACCUGAGUUUGGGAUGUAAACCAAUGACUAAUAAGCAUCAAGUUGGUGACAUAUAUCUACAAUAUUUAAGGACCAAAAACCCCUAUAAAUAUCUUAAUCAACAUAAAAUAUUAUUUAGUGAAAAAAAAAAAGAAAUUAUAGAAUAUAUAAAACUACUAAAAACAUUUUUGUUGUUAUAUAAAAAUCAUAAUUAGGAUUUACUAUUCAUUAAGAGGCUUUUGUAAAUAAUCCUAACUUUAAGGGUAUUAUCCUAAGAAGCCACAUAUUAGCAUAAUUUUCAUUUCAUUUAUAAUUUUUCUUUCCUUUGCAAGUAAACACAUAUUUUGCUUUAUUUCCUCUUUUCCGUUUUUUUUUAAUCACAUAUGAGAAUAUUUAAUAAUAUUCUUCAUUAUUUUUUACUUUAAUUUUUAAUUUUUUUAUCCUCAAAUUAACAUACUUGUUCGUAUUUGAUCCACAUUCAUGUGAUGUAUUUUACAUUUCCGGAUUCUUAUUUAUUGAUAUUUUUUGUAAAUUUUCCGACUAUUCAGAUAAAAGUUGACCGGUCUCGCGUAUUCGGAUCAUUAGCAGUAAUGCGUUUUCAUUUUCGAAUUCUUAUAGAGGGAGGUUGGCGCUUCGGUCAGGAGGCAAAUCUCUUUUGUUUGGGCCGGUAGCUAAAAGAAAGUCAGUUCUUAUCGUUGAGAGCAUAACCGGUCUUAGCUUUGACUUGGCAGUAGGAAAACUCUAAAAAAAUUCUGAAAACUCUAAAGAAAGUCUGUUCUUAUCGUUGAAGGCAUAACCGGUCUUAUUGUAUUUCAGUCAUGUGUGUUUCAAUAUUCCAUUUUCCAUUUUUUUAAUGCUUAUCAAUUGUCGGUUUUUGUGAAUUUUCCAACUAUUUAAAUAGAUAUUUUGUUUUUGCAUAGAGUCCUAUUUUCGAAUAUGAAUGUAACAUCUCUACCCUCUUGUGCGUGCUUCCAUCAUAAUGACAUUAUUAGUAACCGAUAAAGAAAUCGUCCCUUAAUUGAAAAAAGUGAGGAAGUAUGGUAGUAUAACUGUAUAAGGGUUGUUAAAUUAAUUUUAGUAAUUACUGAAAUUAAUUAUGUGAAUUUGUAUUAAAGUCCUCAUGGAAGAAGGACUUAAUUGGAGAAAUUGGGAGUUGGAGGAUCAAAUGGCAAACAACUUAUGUUAGUGCCAUUUGUGGGAGUGUGAUUGGAGGGAGAGGGAGAAAGAGAGGGUUCUAGAGAUUGGAGGGGUGCAAAAAAUCUGCACCCUCCCACCAUUUGUUCCCAUCUCCUCUUAAUUUUUUCUCCUUUCUUCUUUCUCUCCAACCCACAACCAUCUCCACCAACACUAUCCUCCAUCCGCAAAAUCUAAAACCAAGUUAGCAAAGGGCAAGAUUGGAGACUAGAGAACAAGAGAAGGAGUAACAAAAGGUAAGAAUCUUCUUCCUUUCUUCUUCCUCAAGCUGAGAAGCAUGAAUUACAAAAGGGGAUUUGUCGAUUUGAUGAGGAACAAGGAGCUAGAGCUCCAUAAAUUAUAUCCCCAACAUAGAGUAACCAUGUUAUUUAUCAAAGGAAGAAGGUAGGAGGUGUAUAGAACUCAAAGUGGUGAAGUUGACAAAAUCGGGUUUGAUCCACUAGAUGUUGUAUAGAUGGAAAUAAAUGGUUUUAAUGGGUUGUGUGAGUGUAUUUAGACUUUAUUUAUCAUGUAAAAUCCUCAAAUAAUCAUGGUGUGGAGUUUUGGAAUGGAUGGGAUCAAGGAAGGGUGGUGGUGAAAGAGGAAGUAGAAAACAGUUUUGAAUCUUCAACUAGAAUUGAGUACCGAGCUCAAAUUUUCGGUCAAAAUGGUCUGAAAUUUGGAUAUGUUGUAGUUCUAUGGAUCUAGUUUAAGUAGGAAAAAUAAUAAGUCGAUUUGAUUAAAAAUUUGAGGGAGAAAUGGCCAAAACUGUGGAAGGGGGUAAGUUGCACAGGCUGUGCAAAUUGCCGCACGGUCGUGCGAAGUUUCCAGGAGUUCUCACGGCCUUGCAACCUCAGGGGCAGGCCAGGCUGUGUGUAUCCUAUUUUUUGCCAAAAUUUUGUGUUCUUGUCGAACCAUUGAGGAACUAUAACCCUAAUAUGAUUAUAUAGACUCCCUAUAUAUAAUAUAUCACUUAAUGGCUUGGUAAUUGUGUAAUAAGGAAAAGAACAAGCCGGGGAGUCUUCAAAUGGCAGGGGAAUUGCCAAGUAACGACUGGAAAGGGUGAGUAGAUUCUAACCCUAAAUCUAUAUCAAUACAAAGGUGGUAUUUGGGUCAUGAAGCAACCCUAAUACAUAUCAUAGAUAUAGAGGUACUCGGGUCAUGAAGCGCCCCAGAUAUGAAGCAUGGACAUCGACUAAGCGAAUGUGGAUGUGAGUGAUUAUUAGUUGAACCGUACGAUAUGAUAAUUAUAUAUUAAAUGUGUUUAUGAUUGUAUGAUGAAUGUGAGUGGCCACUAGAAUGAUCUAAGUGAUUGAUUGGUUAUGUUAAAUAUGAUAUUGAUGUAGUAAAAUGGUGAAGCCUAAGGGCUUAAAGUUAAAUAUGAUAUUGAUGUGGUAAAAAGGUGAAGCCUAAGGGCUUAAAGACAAUAACAUGAUAAAGUAAUAACGCCUAUGGGCAUAA